AUGCUCUCUUUUGUCGUAAGUUCGAGACGAAGCAAAGUGUAUCCACUGGUGUUUGGUUCUCAAAAGAUUCCAGUUUACUGUCACAUGGGAAACUUUGGAUGUGAUAGUGGAGGAUGGACACUGGCUAUGAAGAUUAACGGUGCAAAGAGAACCUUCCAUUACAAUUCCCAUUUCUGUAGCGACAGAAAUGUCUAUCACCUUGGUGGAGGCAGGACUGGCUUUAACUUACAAGAGACUAAGUUACCGACUUACUGGAACACACCCUUCUCCAAGAUCUGCCUCGGUAUAAAGAUUGGUCAUCAGCUCAGGUUCAUUGUGAUCAACAGGCACGCCAACUCACUCUACUCACUGAUCGCUGAUGGGAAAUACCGUGCUACGGCACUUGGUCGUAACACGUGGAAGACGCUGAUUGGCUCACAGGCCUCACUGCAGCCCAACUGUAACAAAGAAGGAUUCAAUGCUGUAGGUGACAACCAUCGUCACUCCAAAGCAAGAAUCGGCAUCACAGCAAACCAGGCUUCGGGCUUGUCAUGUGCACUUUUACACUUUCCUCCAACAGCCUUUCUUAAAGUUAAAAAGAAGUUAAAAAAUGGGCGGCUGUACACAGAGUCUGCUUGCGGGUGGUAG